AUGAAGAUUGCUUCAUUCAACGCACAGAGGUUUGGAGUGACUAAAGUCUCAGACCCAGAUGUCCUGUCAACUCUUGUUAAGAUCGUGUCUCGAUAUGACAUCAUAGUUAUUCUGGAGGUGGUGGAUGUGAGUGGGGCCUCCAUCAAGCUGUUCCUGGCAGAACUGAACAGGGUGAACACGUCCCACCACUACGCCCUGCAGCUCAGCGCCCGCCUGGGAAGGACCAGAUACAAGGAGCAGUUUAUGUUUCUCUACAGGGAUGACAUGGUGGAUCUGAUUGACUCCUAUCAGUAUGAAGACAAUCAGGAGAACGAUGUGGAUGCGUUCGCAAGGGAGCCUUACGUUCUCUACUUCAAACCUCACAACACUGUGCUGAAGGAUUUGGCGCUGAUCCCAGUUCGUGCCACACCUCAGGACUCAGAGAAAGAACUGGAUGAGCUGUAUGAUGUCUUCCUGAUGGUCAGAGACAAAUGGAAAACUGAUAACGUAAUGAUCCUGGGGGAUUUCAGAGCAGACGGUGCCUCUGUCACCGACAAGGAAAUGCAAAACAUUCGAAUACGCAGUGACAUAAAUUUCCACUGGCUAAUUGCUGAUGAUGUGGAUACAACUUCAGUGACCACAAAUAAUCACACCUACGACAGGAUUGUUGUGUAUGGAGAUGAUCUGUUGGCAACCAUAGUGCCAAACUCUGCCAAGGCCUUUAAUUUCCAGAAAGAGUUUAACCUGACAGAUAAAAUGGCGCUCAGAGUCAGCGAUCAUUAUCCGGUUGAGGUCGAAUUAAUCAGUGCGUCUCCUUUCUGGCUGGCAAGACGUGGAAACGCUACAGGAUCAGUUAGCAGAGCUGCAACAGGGAGUUUGCAGGAUGAAGUGAUGAGCUUGCAGAAAGAAAUCCUCCUGCUGCAGCGAGAAAAGCUUCAGCUUCAGAUCUCCUAUCUGAAAAAGAAACUUGCCUCAGUUGAAUGAACGAAGUGACUAGAAGAUUUCAAAUACCACUGUUUCAUUUAGUAUGUAGCCAGAACAUAUGUGUUGAAAUGGUUUUUGCAAAUUGUUUGUGAUUUUGUUUGGCUAUUUAGUGUAUUUUAUUCUGAUUCUUUAUUGUUUUUAUUCAAAUACUUUUUACUUUUAUAGUAUGUGUUUGCGUGCUGUCAGUUCAGUGCUUUUUAGAGAAUGCUCAACUGGCUUUACGGUGGUACUUCCCAGAGUGCCUUUACUGUAAGUAAAUACAUAUCAUGGGGUGUUUGAUUUAAAGCAUUAGAAACAUAAAGUGGGCUUGCAAAGUUGAAAUAUACAGUUAAUCCCAAAAUUAUUCCUAAUUCUGGCAGAUUUGGAUUUAAAUUUAUUAUUAAACAAAAAAUAAAUAAAUAAAUAAAAAAUCUCAUUUUUAAAUUACAAAUAGAUACAAAUAUAUUUUAAUUCACGUUUGGUCAAAAAGUGUCAUGUCUUUAAA